GCCGGGGAUGGACACAUAGGAGAACACGCCGGGGAUGGACACACAUAGGAGAACACGCCGGGGAUGGACACACAUAGGAGAACACGCCGGGGAUGGACACAUAGGAUAACACGCCGGGGAUGGACACAUAGGAUAACACGCCGGGGAUGGACACAUAGGAUAACACACCGGGGAUGGACACAUAGGAUAACGCGACGGGGAUGGACACAUAGGAUAACAUGCCGGGGAUGGACACAUAGGAUAACAUGCCGGGGAUGGACACAUAGGAUAACAUGCCGGGGAUGGACACAUAGGAGAACA